AUGAGCGGGAGCCAGAGCUCAGGCUCACCAGGCUCACCAGGACCGCCAGGACCGCCAGGACGCUCUGCCCUCGUCGUCUAUGGCUCCGAAACCGGCAAUGCACAGGAUGUCGCCGAAGAGGUGGGCGCUCUGGCAGAGCGCCUCCAUUUCACAACUCAAAUAUCCGAGUUGAAUCAUGUUAAACCGGAGUCGUUAAGGUCGUAUACCAUUGUCGUCUUUGCCGUUUCGACAACCGGUCAAGGAGAUCUGCCGGCCAAUGCUCGGACGUUUUGGAGAUCGCUGCUUUUGAAGAAGCUGCCGCCGACUUUUCUGAGUGGAGUGAGAUUCACGUGGUUUGGGCUGGGGGAUAGCUCGUACCCCAAGUUCAACUGGGCUGCGCGCAAACUGUAUAAAAGGUUGUUACAGCUGGGCGCGGAUGAGAUAUACCCUGGUGGAGAAGCAGACCACCAACAUUCUUCGGGCUUAGAGGGUACGUUUAUUCCUUGGUUGGCAGGGUUUCGGAAGCACUUGCUGGACAAGUAUCCUCUUCCCCCGGGGCAGGAUCCGAUACCAGACGAUGUCCAGCUACCGCCAAAAUGGGUUCUACGACUUCGAGACCAGGAAGCCGCUUCGGAGGAUGUCAGUCCCCCUGAUGCAAUGGGCGCGGCAGUAACAGGGGAUUUUCCUGACUCGUACCGUCUCGACAAUGACCAUCGGCCACUACACGAUAGCUUGACGGCAACUCUCGUCCAGAACAAACGUGUGACCCCGCAGACGCACUGGCAAGACGUGCGUCAUCUGAUUUUGACUGUCUCCGAUCCCAUUUCAUAUGCUCCAGGGGACGUAUUAACGAUAACCCCGAAGAACACUGCUGAGGAUGUCCAAAGUCUCAUUGAGAUGAUGGGCUGGCAGGAGCAAGCGGACCAGCUCGUCUCUUUAGUCCCUCGCGAUAGCACUCGUUCGACGAAUGAACUGCCUAGUCCGCCCAUCCACAGCCUGGAUUCCUACCCGCGACUGACCCUGCGCGAACUACUUAUCAACUACUUAGAUAUUAGAGCAAUCCCCCGCCGGUCAUUCUUCGCAGCAAUCGCACACUACACCACAUAUGAGAUGCACAAGGAGCGAUUGCUCGAAUUUACCAAUCCGGAGUAUCUUGACGAGUUCUGGGACUACACAACGCGCCCAAGACGUAGUAUCCUUGAGAUCCUGCACGAGUUCGACACCGUCAAGAUCCCGUGGCAGCAUGCAACGUCCACGUUUCCAAUCAUCCGAGCGAGGCAAUUCAGCAUCGCCAGUGGCGGAGAACUGAAGCGAACUUCAGUAGGCGGGGCAAGAUUCGAACUUUUAAUCGCCAUCGUCAAGUACCGAACCGUGAUCAAGAAGAUACGAGAAGGAGUCUGCACCAAAUAUAUUUCCAAUCUCCGACCAGGAAGCACACUCAAGAUCCAGCUGCAACGAGGCGGCCUCAACUCGUCCGUCGGCCAACUAGUCGGCCCUACGAUGUUGAUAGGACCGGGCACAGGUGUUGCGCCUUUACGAUCCAUGCUAUGGGAAAAAGCCGCGAUCGUCAAGUCCUAUCAAGAGAAAAACCCCGGCGUAGAUCCGCCAAUCGAGCCCACGAUUCUCGUGUACGGCGGUCGGAAUCGAGCCGCGGACUUCUUCUUCGAAGACGAAUGGCAGCAACUGAGCGACUUAAUCAAACUCAAAGUCCUGACGGCGUUUUCGCGAGACCAGAAGCAAAAGGUCUAUGUCCAGGAUGUUAUUCGGGAGAACUCAAGCCUGGUCUUUAAUCUCCUGCAUGACAAGGGAGGUGCUGUGUUCGUUUGCGGCUCCUCUGGACGGAUGCCCCAGGCUGUCCGGGAGACCUUGACAGAGGCGUUCCAGUACGGAAACGAUGCCGGGACACAGCCGUUCAGUCGACGAGAAGCUGAAGAUUACCUAGUUGGGAUGGAAAAGACGGGGCGGUAUAAACAAGAGACAUGGUAG